AUUCAUGUUAACUUGAAUGGAUCAGAACAAGGUAAAUUGAACAAGAUAUAUUCAUUCAAUUCCUAAGAUGCAUAGGCUUCAUAUUCCUGAGUGUCAAGUAAAGUGAUUUUGAGGUCAACAGGAACUAAAUGACACAAACCUAAACAAUUCAAACUAUAACACAUCACUUAUUUAGGAUGGACAAUGACACCUGUGGAAAGAUUCUGUAUUAAAGCCCAUCAGUGACUUUUCAUGUCUGAAAAUUACUUGGAUUACUUCAUAAACAAUUUUUACAAGAGGUAUAAAAUAUAUAAAUGCACAAGGAAGUCGCUUCUCCUUCAGGUCAAAAUGGCUGGCAGGUCUACUGGUUCAGCAUCAGGUCAGUGGCUGGAUGGUAUUCGAAAAUGGUACUAUAAUGAUGCAGGAUUCAAUAAACUGGGGUUAAUGCGAGAUGAUACAAUAUAUGAGGAUGAAGAUGUGAAAGAAGCCAUAAGGCGGCUUCCUGAGAACCUGUAUAAUGACAGGAUGUUUCACAUUAAGAGGGCACUGGACCUGUCACUGAGGCAUCAGAUUUUGCCUCGGGAGCAGUGGACAAAAUAUGAGGAGGAUAAAUUCUACCUUGAACCAUAUCUGUAAAAGUUUAUUCAGGAAAGAAAAGAGAGAGAAGAAUGGGCAAAGAAGUAAUCUUGUAAUUGAGAUUUACAGAUGCAUCUGUAUUUUUAUGAGGUUGGUUAAAUCUGAACCACAAUAAAUGUCUAUUGUAAUCAUAAAAAAAGAAAUGCACAGGGAAGCUGAGUAAUUGCUCUGAAUGUCACACUACUGCCAGUCACAUAUUUUCUAAGGUAAAAGACAAGGCCAAGACCCACAAGGACUGUGUACCAUAUGUUCUUCAGAACAAGAGGUGCUGUUUGUGAAUUACUGUAUGUGUAGUACUCUUGUGUGGCAAUUCACAGGGACUGUCUGGUGGAAAUAAAGAACUCAAGCUAUGUAAAACUA